GAGGACCCUUGACCUUUGACCCAAGAUGGCAGCCCCCAAAGCGGUGCUUUUGCUGCUUGCUUGAAGUGAAAUAAGGCUGGGAGCCCCAGGUCAUGUCGAAGCUAAACCGGGCCACUCGGGCCCUCAAGAAGCCGGAGGUCGGCGGCGUGAUCCGGGCCAUCGUACGGGCGGGCCAGGCCAUGCCCGGGCCUCCACUGGGCCCCAUCCUGGGUCAGCGAGGCGUUUCCAUCAACCAGUUCUGCAAGGAGUUCAAUGAGAAGACGAAGGACAUCAAAGAGGGCAUUCCUCUGCCUACUAAGAUUUUUGUGAAGCCUGACAGGACAUUUGAAAUCAAGAUUGGACAACCCACUGUUUCCUACUUCCUGAAGGCAGCUGCUGGGAUUGAGAAGGGUGCUCGGCAGACAGGAAAGGAAGUGGCAGGCCUGGUGACCUUGAAGCAUGUGUAUGAGAUCGCCCGCAUCAAAGCUCAGGAUGAUGCCUUUGCCCUGCAAGAUGUACCCCUGUCCUCUGUUGUUCGUUCCAUCAUUGGUUCUGCCCGUUCCCUGGGCAUUCGCGUGGUGAAGGACCUCAGUUCAGAAGAGCUGGCAGCUUUCCAGAAGGAGCGAGCAGCAUUCCUGGCUGCUCAGAAGGAGGCAGAUUUGGCAGCCCAGGCAGAAGCUGCCAAGAAGUGACCCCUUCCCCCCAUACUCCAAGAUUUCCAAGGAAGCAGUUGGGAAGGGGGCUAGUUGGGAAGACCGUGCCAAAGGAAAAGAAGGAAGGUCACACUAUCCCAAUUAUUAUUUUUCUGACUUUAAAUUAUAUUUUUGCACAUACAGCUGUAUCAAGGGAUCAAGGCUGAAUAAACAUCCUGUUUCAUCUA